CGCGCCCGCCGCCGCCUCUUCAAUGGGCAACCUGCUCGGCGGGGUCAGCUUUCGCGAGCCCACCACCGUGGAGGACUGCGACUCCACCUGGCAGACGGACUCUGAGCCCGAGCCCGAGGAGCCCGGGCCGGGCGGCGGCGGCGGCGGCGAGGGCCCGGGGCAGGAGCCCGAGCAGCCUGCGCAGCCCCCGGAGCGAGCGGGCGGGCGGCCCCGCUCCAGCCCCGCGCCGGACGGAGACGCCGAGUCGGCGGGCGCCGAGCAGGGUGGUGAUUCCACUGAAGCAACUGCCAAACCAAAGAGAAGCUUUUAUGCUGCGAGGGAUUUGUACAAAUACCGACAUCAGUACCCACAGAACUUCAAAGAUAUCCGAUAUCAAAAUGACUUGAGCAAUCUUCGUUUUUAUAAGAAUAAAAUUCCUUUUAAGCCAGAUGGUGUUUACAUUGAAGAAGUUCUAAAUAAGUGGAAAGGAGAUUAUGAAAAGCUGGAGCACAACCACACUUACAUUCAAUGGCUUUUCCCCCUGAGAGAACAAGGCUUGAAUUUUUAUGCUAAAGAAUUAACUACAUAUGAAAUUGAGGAAUUCAAAAAAACGAAAGAAGCAAUUAAAAGAUUCCUCCUGGCUUAUAAGAUGAUGUUAGAAUUUUUUGGAAUAAAACUGGUUGAUAAAACUGGAAAUGUUGCUCGUGCUGUUAACUGGCAGGAAAGAUUUCAGCAUCUGAAUGAGUCCCAGCACAACUAUUUACGAAUCACUCGUAUUCUCAAAAGCCUUGGUGAGCUUGGAUAUGAAAGUUUUAAAUCUCCUCUUGUAAAAUUUAUUCUUCAUGAAGCUCUUGUAGAAAACACUAUUCCCAAUAUUAAACAGAGUGCUCUGGAGUAUUUUGUUUAUACAAUUAGAGACAGGAGAGAGAGGAGAAAGCUCCUACGGUUUGCCCAGAAACAUUACACGCCUUCAGAGAAUUUUAUCUGGGGACCGCCAAGGAAAGAACAGUCAGAGGGAAGCAAAGCCCAGAAAAUGCCUGCCCCUCCCACCUCUGGUCAUAUCAGUCAAACUUCUAUGCACAAAAAAUCCAAGGACUCUAAAAAUUCCUCCUCAGCUAUUCAUUUGAAUAGCAAAACAGCUGAAGAAAAAAAAGCGGCACCUGGAGGGGCUGGAGAAGAGGCAGACAGGCCUAGCACAGAGCCCAGCAGUGAAGCCACCAAGUCAAAGACAGAGGACGGUAAUGCUGAAAAUUCAAAUUCUCAACUGGAAAAAGCAGUCAGCCAUCCUACAGAGAGGAAGGAAAUUGCAAUUCCUCCUGAAAAAGAUGAAGAAGGUGACAAUCACAACAAAGACUGUGAAAAUCCUGGAAGUACAGGCUCCCCUGAUGAUGUACCAUUACAGUGAAUUAUCAGAAAACCCGCAAACGUGUAUAGGUAAGGGAGGAAAAACUGUACAAUAUAUCCUGAAGAACAGAGGUCAUUUCAAAUUUUAGCUAUCUGUUUGUAAUUUCUGUUGUAAACAGUUUGUUGUUGGUUUUUUAUUUUGAAUGAUAAUGAGUUUAAUAUUUAGUAAGAAGUUUUAAGCAAGACCCAAUAAAUGAAUGUAUUCUCUAACACUUUUAGGAUGUGAGUUUCCAAGUUCUGUACAUAAUAAUUGCUUUUAAAUUAUUUUCAGUGUAUGUGGAAAUAAUCAUGUAGUAUUUGAUAUAUCAAAUAAAUUCUUUUGGGAGAUUACGGUCUACAUGAAGAAAAUCAAGAGGAUAAAUUUCAUUAUUUUGCCACAUAAUUGCCCAAUUUAUGGAUUCAUAAAGCUGGGAAAACAAAUUUAGUCGAUUCAAAUGUAUUCAGAAAGUAAUUUGGAAUCUUCAUUACAACACCUCAAGAUGUUUCUUUUUAAAUUCUGGUAUGUGAAAUGGAUAUUCUUAGGAAGCCAUAAUCACCCAGCCCAUUUCUUGGGCUUCCCACUGUCCUUUCCUCUUUUCCUGUCUCUGCACUUGCCUUCAUUUGCCAUCUUUGUAGGCCAGCAUGUGCAUUUCUAGGGUACAUUCCAGUGAUCCCCUGUACUGAAAUUUAAAUCAAACAGAGGGGCACUUUUAACUGUAUGAUAUCAAGAAUUUGCUUUUUUAAAAUAAUAAAAAUGUUUUUCUAUGUUAAUGCUUAAAAACAAAUUUUGAUGCAAAAGUCCAAGAAAAGGACUUUGCUUUUAUGGCUGUUCCAUAUAAAUUCGGUGCUUGUUUCUGAAUGCAAAUGACUAAAGAAUUCAAAAAUAAGGAAAGAAAAUACACAUUUUUAAAUAGCAUGCUUCUUACACUGGUAACAAGGCAGUGGUCCCUAAAAUCUCAGUGUUCUGUGGGCUGUGAAAUUAACAAUAUUGCUUAGUCCAGUGUAUCUUUAAAAAAGAAAACAAUUUGAUGUAUCUCUAAGUAGUCAAACCUUGAAAUUCAGAACACUUAAAAUUCUGUAUUCUCAGUUUUAGCAAGCACUUGUUGCGUUAAUAUUGGUUAAGAGUACGUGGUUUUACUUUCUGUAAUAUUAUUACUAAUGUUACACAUCAGAAAAUAAUCACUGUGGUGAGAACUUCAAAGCAUACAUACAAAUAUAGUUAAAGCAAUUAAUAGAAAAAAAAUUCACUUUCAUUUAGAGAAGAAUUGGCAAUUGUGUGUCUCUUGGGCUUUUAGAUUCACUUUAACCCCCAGAGAAUUUUUACUGUGUCCUAUUUGUUAGUCACAUCAUAUCAUCCUCUGUUAACCUUUACAAUCGGGGGAUUUCCAGCAGAGAAUUUCUAGAAAAUAUACCAAUUGUAUGCCUUUAGAAGUAUGAUUUUAUUGCUUUGAAGUUUACAUGAAGCAUCAUAGUUGCUCAAACUUGAGUUUUUAAUAUAUUAUUAACCAAGUUGUAUAUCAUAUUCCAGUUAUAAAGCAUCUUCUCAUUUCUGGUUCCCAGAGUAUCCCAAUUUUUGCUUUCUACUUUCUACAAAAGCAGAAACAAUUCUGCUUUUGCAUUUCAAUUUCUUUUUUAUAUGGGCCCUGUAAUGUGCUGCUUAUAGCAAUGUCCCCAUAGAGCUCAAAAAACAGUUUUACAGGGUAAGAUGAGAGUAGUUGUUACAUUGAGCUGAACUGUAGGAACACGAUUAAUUCAAAAUAUCUUAGCAAUUUUGAAUACAUGAAAAAGUGUUCAGACUGCUUUCUAAGUGCAAAAUAUUUAAAAUUUGUGACUAGAUAUUAAAAUAUUAAUAAACAGUGGACAGAGACUAAAAUAAAUGGAUAUAAUCUGAAUUCCUUAGAAACUGUAGUGUAUCAGAGCCCUUACAAAUAAAAACACUUCAUUCAACAAUUUAACUUUUAGAAUAUUAUUCCUAAUUAGGGGUUUGAUUAGAUUGCAACAGUUAAUUUGAGAAUAUUUAGUCUCAAGGGAAAAACUGCCUGGCCUACAUUUAUAAACAGUGGCCUUUUCCCAGAAUGUUGUUUUUAAAAUCCAUAUUCAUAUGUAAUAGUAUGAUUCCUACAUUUAAUCCGCAAAUAAUUUAUGAGAGAAUUCCUUAGUGGAGAACAAAUAAGAGGACGUCAUUCCUUUUGCAGAUAAAAAUUAUGUCUAUAAUUUUUUUCUAUAAAGAAUACUUUGUAAAAUUAAUAGUUUUUUAAAUAAUAUCUAUAGAUACGUAUUUAUGUGGGUCUUAGAUAUGAAACAGCCUUCUGGGUUUGUCUCUAAUGUUUUGUAUUUUUAAAAACUACCAUAUGCUUGCAGAAAUUUACUGAGAAGCUGUUUUAAAAAUGCAGCGAAGCAUGGCCAAAUAGCUAGAAACAUUAUUGAAUCUUUGCAAAUAUAUAGACUUUAUUGUUGUACCUUGGACUGUGAGGAUAUAAACAUUGGCUAUUGAUAAAAUAUUUACUUGCAUUUCAUGGCAGAUAGAUGUUAUAUCGCUUGGUUAGUCUCGUACAUUUCUAAUAUUUUGUGCUUUCAUAUCUCUAAGGAGAUAAUAUAUGUGAAAGUAUUUUGAAAUACUGUAAAGUGAUAUAUAAUUACAAGAUAUAUUUCUGUACAGCAGAGAAAAAGUUUAUAACGUUAAGAAUAUUGUACCAUUAUACAGUUUCAUGCUCAAUCUCAUAAGAAACUCAAAAGAAUCAUGAUAGAAGAGAAAAUGUGUCUGCUUUUUCUAAAUCAGGUCUAGUUCUCAGUUCAAAAAUUAUUUUGCAUAGUUUUGUUUUGAAUUUUGAUUUUGAGACUACAUUUUUCAGCUUCGAGGAUAAAAUAAAAUAUGCAACUCAGGAGUUACUAGAGAAGUUCUAAGAUUUUUUUUGCUCAGUAUUAACAAUGUAAACAUGAAAAUGUCAUUUCAUAUCUAUCAUAGACAUUUUGUUUCAUAUUUUAUAUAAAAUUACCUACAUUGUUUUUAGUUUUUAUGCUUUAAUCUGAGUGAAGAUAUGAUCUGGUGAAAAAGGAAAAACAGUGCAAUGUUACAUCUGUUACUCUUUAAAAAGCCAUUUUUUAGGUAAACUCCCAUAUCAAGUGGUCAAAAACUGGUUGAGCUGAUAGGGAAUAUUUGGUUCAUUGUAUAAAGUUAAAUUUCCCAAGUUUGUAAUAGAGUUAUGAUUGGAUUUAUACUCUUGAGUAAAUGGGCCUUUUUUUUUUUUUUUUUUUUUGUCUUUCUAUAAUUGAGGCUCCUCUAAAAGCUUUAUUUUCUAACCUGAGAAAAGACGGACAUUCUUGAUCUUACUUGAUUAUAGCUUCAUCUAUGGGUCUUUCAUGCCUAUUUGUGCUGAGUGGGGAUCCUUUGUUAUAGGAAUGGUUUUGAAGAUUUCUAAUUUGUCUCCCGCUUAGAAAACUCCUCUUUGUUUUUUGGGCUAUAUGUGUUAAAUAGAAGGUAGGCUGGAGUUAGACAUGCUAGGAUCGUUUCAAAUGGAGUUGAGGUUAUAGAGAACGAUGAUGGAGUCAACGUAGGAUCUAGAAAUUAGGAGUUACAUAUACUGACUUCUUUCAGCUUUGAAUUCUGUAGUGUUUAUUACAUGAACAGAUUUGUGUGGGUAAUUUCUAGGGUGACAGUGAGUACUACCCUGCCUCCAUCCCUGUUCUAGUUAUCCAGCCCACCCAGCAGAUUGUGUUCAGGGACAGACUGUGGUUUUAGAAAUCCCUUAUUAUUGAAGUUAAUAAUAAUAUAGUUAUAAAUAUGAAUGCCUGGAGGUGUCCAGAUGUGCCUUAACUAGUAUAGAUGGUUUUCAUUCAGAAGUUUAAAUUUUUACUCCAUUGUAAAAUCUUCCCAUGAGGAACUUUCCAAACCAUGAAUAUCAGUUAUUUUAAUGAACUUUCUUUGGUGCUUUUUCAUUUUGGAGAAAUUUCCCUUUGUGACAAUAGUAUUAGUUCAUAAGGAGGUGUAUUUGCCACAGUGUUCAACAGUGUGUUAUGUUUGACAAAAUGUAUUUACAGUAAUGUUAACUACAUUGUUACAUUUACUUACGCUUUUGUUUGAUUUUGGUACAUGCUAUGAAUUUCAUUUUAAACAUUUCUCAGUUACUACAAGUAAUAUUUGUCUGUAUUUUACUUCUUGUUCUUAGCUGCAGAUGGAUGUAGAAAAUGGAAUUCUAUUAGAGAAUUAUUUAGAAGUUUAAUUCCAGUAGAUGGUUGGAGGAAUCUGAAAUUACUUUUCUUAUUAAAAACAUUUAAAAAGCA